AUUGGUAUUGUCAAAAAGUUCGGAACAUUCAGGUGCCGAUGAAAAAAUGGUUUUUCAUGAAAUAACAUCAGAAAUUAACCUGUUCGAGUGAUCGGAUAAGAUUAAUAGUGACUUUAGAUGUUUCGUUUGACGAAUUUGUUGUGUUAUUCGGUUUUGAAAUAAUGUUUUCGAUGGAGAAAUGUACGGAUCACAGUGGCAGAAAGAGUUCAGAAGAAACUGAGAUGUACGCCGGUGGAGGCGAAGGAUUGGAAAAAGAGGGUGUGCCAUCGGAUGAAGUGGCUUCAGCCGUAGCUGCCGUGUCGGAUGAAAUCGGGGAUAUCUUGAAGGAUGAGUUGGGCGACGCGGAUCGUGUAGACCGGAUCGGAGCCGAGCUAGCAGACCUCAGCGCGGAGCUAGGCCUCCUGGCCGGAUUGGCAGAUGGGGACCAGCAGCAGGACUUUCCAUCGCUAUUCGAAAUAGCAGUGAACAUGGGUCAACGGGGUUCCGGCAGCGGGUCAUCGUCCUCAUCCUGGUCGGGGCGAGCGAGACGCCGCGAGCGACCGCAGCGCGCCGCACGACGCCGCCCCAUCGCCAGGAGAGAGAUGUGCCGCCGCCGCAGCGCGAUGGCGCGGCGCGCGGCUUCGCUGCGCAUGCGCCGCGUGGAGGUGGUGUCGGACGCGUCCGACGUCGGCGCCGACUCGGACUCCGACGACCAGUGGACCGAACUAGACGAUUCUGGCUCGUCAGACAGUUCGUCGCUGAAGGAAGCCGCUGGACACGAUCUCGAUUGCAAUGGCUACCAGGACAAGGGACCGGGUGACGCGGAAGCCCCCACCAUGGGUCAGUUCCUGCUGCCGCUGCUGAGCGCAGACCCCGCCGACCACCCGCCCAUCCGCCACGAGGACAUCCUGCAGCUGCUGGCGUCUGCUGAGGAGGACGUCCGCGACGAGCUGCCGAUGGAAGAGGACAGUGCAGAGCUCGACGACCCUUCUUGUUGUAGGUGUGAGGACAGCGAAGUGCCGGAGUGUGAGGAAGCACCCGUGACUCCGGAGGAGGAAGCCGCGCUGCUUCACUACGUCUGUGAAGUGGAGCGUUCGUCCUGUCCCCCCGGCAGCCGGGCGCGCUUCAGCCCCGUGCAGGAGUGGCUCAUGGGCGUCUACCACUCGUGGUGCGAGAUCUGUGCGCUGCUCAACACUCUGGACUGUGUCAGCGACGUAAGUUCGAACGCGGUCCACGAGGAGUGGGGUUACCUCGUCCAGUUCGGUUGCCAUUGCAGAGUCUGCCUCUCGUUGGCCAACAACGCUGAUGCUGUGUGUGUGCUGCUCGGAGACGUGGUGUGGGCUCUGGCGCUCAGCCAAGGUGGGUCGUCGGUGACGACAGCAGUGGGCAUCGUGCGCGCGCUGCGUCUGCGUGCGGGCGACGCUGCGGCGCCGCAGCGCUGGGAUCUGUCGCGUCUGCGUCGGCUGCUGGUGCCCGACCACGACCUGGAGAUAAUCCACCAGCAGCUGUCACAGCUCUCGCAACAGAACGAGAUCAGCGCGAUGAUAGUCAACGACACCUGUCUCUGUCGCAAGUUCCAAAAGCCACAGCUCAAAGAGUACGCGUUCGAGAGGUUUUGCCAGAUUCUGGAGAAUUUCAAGGCGGCUUCCACGAUGACCUUCAAGGUGGACAUGGUGGGCCCCGGCGGCGCGGCGCCGGCGUGGGCGGCGCUGGCGACGCGGCAGCUGCGCGUGCGCCGCCGCUCCACCGCCGCGCGACUCGCGCACAUGGCGCGUCUCACCGCCGCGCACGCAGCUAUACUGAACGCGUGGUCUGGAUACAAGCACCGUUGUGAUUGUCUCACGCCGCGGACUCUGUGCGCUCAGCAGCGGAAACAAUUGCUCAGGUUGUUUUGUUCGCGGAUAUCUUUCUUCGGCAUCAUGCAGGCGGUGAACGAGUUCAAUGGCGGCAAGGGCACCCACCAUCCGGACAAGCCUCCGAACGAAGUGCAGCCGGAAGCGGAAGGCCGGGAGUUGCAGCAAGGCGAUGGAACCGGCGCCAAGCCGCCAGAUAGCGGCGAACCUGGAUCCCUGCAGUUGUUCCACAGCACCGACCUCGACCACAGCGACUCCAAUCUCACCGGCGACCUCGACGACUUGUCGGAGUCGGACGGGUCCGACUCGGGUUCGCUCGGCCUCUCGAGCUCGUCCUCGCUGGACUCCGCGUCGGAGCUGCUGCUGGCGGCCGCGGCGCACGUGGACGGAGGCGCGGGCGACGCCGGCGCCGGCGGCCGCGGCCUCUGCCGCACCGUGAGACAUCUGUGCAGGUCUAUAGCGUCGAUCGAAAGGCUGAUGGACCGCGUGCUGAAGCACUGUGACGACUGGCCCGCCAUAGACAAGAGCGACAACGAGGCGAGGAAACGCGUUGACAUGGGCUUGUCCGAGGUGGACCGGAAACUGAUGGCGAUGUACCGGCGCCUGCCGGAGGUGCACCGCCGGCAGCUGCAGGUCUACAGGAAACAGAAGAGGUUGUCCACGGUGUGCAUGCAGCUGGUGGGCGGGCGGGCGCCGCCGCCGCCGCCGCCGGGGUCGCCGCCGCCCGCCGCGCGCCAGCCCUGCGUCGCUCUCUGCGUCGAGUACCAUCUGCAGAGGUUCACCGAGGUCCGUCGUAAAGUGAUGCACAUGCGAGAUCAACAGCUCUAUUACCAUAGACUACGGAUGUGGCUGGAGGAGCAGCUGCGGCAGGAGAGGGGGAAUAUGCCAGAAAGCAACGUGACGUUAAUAGAAGAAAUACCGCGACGCAAACGUCGAACCGCCAGCCCCAAGGUGCCGAGGCUAACCACCGCGCCCAAGCGGAAACUCAAGCCCUCCUCGCCGCUGUCCAAACCGCACAAAAUAUUACAUAUGCUUAAGCAAAAAGCUCCCGAGCAAUCGGAAUCACACGAAGCAAGAACCGAAGAUAACAGAGAAGCGGAGCCUCCUGAGGCGUUCCCGUUAACCAAGGAGGACAACGUCAGCGACACGGAAACGGUCGUGGGCGAGAAAGAUCAAGAACUAUGCAAAGAUAUGAAGUAUUGUCUCGCCAAGUUGGGGAAUUUCGCGCUCAAUUCUGACGCUCAAGAGAACGAUGCUGCAGCGAAGUACCCCGAAUCUUUUAGUCCGCCGUUACAAGAAAUGUCUCCGACCACAUCUGAACCGCUGCCAGUGUAUACCCCCAAACCGAGCCAGCGAUUGCUCACAGUGAAUAAAUUCUUGAAUAGAAACGAUUUUAAAGACAAAGUUAUUGAUUUCCAAACGCAAACCACACCCGACAUACAUUUCCCGAUCGAUGCUAGAAGAACGCCUGUGUUAGUGAAGGAAGAAUCUGAAAUCAAAAUCGAAGAACCUGAUGAGAAUGAAGCGAAAGACCCUAAUAUAUACAAAUAUGUGACUAUUGGACUGGAAAUCAAGAAGGCUAUGGAGGUGUGCCAGAAUAUAAUCAACUCUUAUAACAAAAUCAGUAAUAGCAAAGAAGAAGAUGUUAGCGCGUUGUCUCUGGAGCAAAUAUGCGAACUCAUGAUGAGUUUGGACAAAAAUUCGCCAGGGUUCCUAGAGAAAAUCGAUUCGGGUGAACCGAUAGAUAUUAACAUGCCGCUGAUUCUGGCAAACAUGCCAGAGAUUUCCACUGAACUGACAGAGUUUGCCAACGCGUCGUUCGAGUUGCCAGAAUUCGCGUCCAUCAUGAGCUCACUGCCCGAAGUCAACAAUGAAGCUCAGCUCACUCCGGAGACACUGAAACAAAUUAGAGAGUUGAAAUUACACAAAAAUAGAGAUAGCAUAAAAGUAACUAAAAACACUGCCAAAAGAAAAUGUAAUAGGAAAAUCAAGAAUGACGAUGCUGUGGCCCCGUUAGAAAUGGACUCUCAAGAUAUAUCCGAAUUAUUGAAAGAUGAAAAAGAACUGCAGAAUAUGAUGAAGAAAUCUAAUAAUAAGGAAGAUUUUAACGAUUUACUAUUCUCUAUAAGUGCUCAAGUGGUGAUAAACAAAGUAUUUGAAUAUUUAAAACAGAAUAAGAGUCCUGUAUUAGCGAAAUGCUUGCAAGAGGACGGUGAUAUAUUCGCACUGCCGAAAAAUAGUAUUAACUCGGAAAUGUAUUCGAAAGCUUCCACUUUGUUCGACAAUUCCGUAAAAGACGCGCUAAGUAUGGACCAGUUAAGGGAUUUAGUUAGGUCUAGAUUUGAUUCGUGGAAGCAUUACGUAGCGACUAAGUUUAAGAGCAUACCAAUUGAAUUAUUAGAAAGUGAAAUCGAAGCGAUGUUGGAUAAGUUUUACAGUUACAUACAAGAUCUAGCCGGAAAACAGUGUAGCAACGAGAGUGAUAAAAUCAUAGAGAAAAUAGACGAACUCAGAAACAAUAAAGACUUCAAAGAUUCGGACAGUGAUAGUGCUUCAAAAGAAUCGUUGCAGCAGAUGACGAAGCUGCUCAGCUCGUCAGCUGGCAACACUUUCGAUUUGCUUAUAAUGAAGUUAUCCAAAAUGUCACAGGAUAAAAAGUCGUCGGUUAAAAACCUGAAGUUUAAAUACAUAGAUGUGGUCAAGAGGUGCUCGGAGUCUCAACAAUUAGCCGGGUGGAUUCUGCUCGACCCGGAGAUAGCGUCCAACGUGAUAUCGGAACUUACCGGACUGCCUAUAAUAAAGACUGAGAAUUUACCAUACAAAGUGCCAGACUUCGCUACUCUAUCUAACGAGAGGAAAAAAGACUAUUUUGUUAGCAAACUGAGACAAAUGAAUAGGUUAUACAUGCAGACGUUGCCUAAAAAGGCGCUUACAGGUGAUGAGUGGCUUGUGAUGUUGUACAGGUUAGAACAGUUAGAGGAAAAACUCAAAGAGGCAUUCUCGAAAGUGACGCCCCCCACUAAAAAUCAAAACGCGAGCGAAGGUGAAAUACUAGCCGCGAAAGGUCUAAGCAAAAUCAUAGGAAAAGCAAACGUUAGGGUUGUCAAAAAACCUGAACCGAAACCUGUUAAGAAAGAUGAGAAACCGGAAACAACAGAUCAGGACAAGAAAUCGAAAAACGACGCGCUCUUAGCGAAAUGCGAGGCGAUUUUGACAUCGAAAGGGGAGAAGUCAUUAUUGGACAGUUUUUACACGAUCAAGUCUUAUAUCACUCAGGGAUUGCCUGUCCCUGAGACUUAUAAGAAACACGUGAUAUCGAUAUGCUCGAGCAUCGAUGCGAAGCUGCUAGACGAGGACAUAGAGGAGACGUUGAAUAUUGAAAAUGACGACGCGCAAAGCAAGGAGAAAUUAUCAGUUAUCGGUUCGCAAAAUCCAGAAUUGUUAGCUAAAUAUUCCGCUCAAGCGUUGCGCAACGCGAAGCAGACGUUAAACGCUGUUGCGUUUAAAAACAUGGCGAAAAACGGACAAUCGAAAUCUGAGAGUGACGCGUGUGACACCCCUAAAACUGAUUGCAAGUGGACCAAUGAUUGUGUGUGUAGUUCCUGUAAGGGCCCCUGUAAGAAUUUCGUGAAGGGCUACCUGCAUAUGGAGGGCUAUAUGAAGGACAAGGACGCCGCGAAGGCCAAGCCGGCUGUAAAGCCUGUGAAACCUCCGCCUAAGGCUUGUGAGAAUACCCAGCAUCAGCAGCAUGUUUGUAAAGUGGGUCACGGGAGCAACGGCGGCGGCUGCGCCUCCGAGGGAUCAGCUGAUUCCCCAUGCACCUGCUGCUAUUGCACCGUUUUCGGACAUGCUCCCCCACUGACGACGCCCGUGCCGCGCAACUUCAACGAGACAAGAGAACGACUCCGCUCAAUACUCAAUAAGAAGAAACAACAGUGCAAAACGGCAAAUGGCGAGCAAGAACAGGAGAAGAAGCAGGUAGCUGUGCAGACCCAGCCUGAGCCGCAGAAGCUGAAGCAGCCACAGCUCUCACCUAAACCUGCUCUCCCCAAAACGCUCCCGCCUAGUUUGCCGCCACAACAACAGAGACAAAACAUGGAACUGCAACAGAAACAACUCGCCGACAAAAUGGCGAAAAUGACUGUCAACGACAAGGCUAAGACGUUACAAAGUACGACUGCGGUACAAGUGAGCCUGCCGCCGGUGAAACCGGAAAUCAAACCCAACAACAGCGCUGAGCAAAUGAGAUUACAACAGUUGCAACAACAAAGAGCGCAGCAGCAGCAAUUACAGCAGCAGCAGCAACAACAAAACGCACCGCAACAACAAACAGCCCAACAGCAACAACAGAAGAAACCAGAGCCCAUAUACGACCUGCCGGUGCACAACAAGCCGACGCUGACGCCGCAACAGCAACAACAAAUUAGACAACAACAGUUGUUACAACAGCAGCAACAACACCAACAACAGUUACAGCAACAACAAGCGCAGCAAGCGCAAGCGGCGGCCCAACAACAAGCGCAACAGAGACAGAGUCGACAACAACAGCAGACGUCCGUUUCGAGUCGAGAGUCUAGUGUAUAUUCCACUUCUUCCGGAUGUUCCGGUGGGUCAUGUUGGCGCGGCGGCAGACCCACAGACCCACGAGAUCUGGACGCCCUGCUGCAGUACAUAGAGGGCCCCGCCCGUCACGUGGACAGGGGCAAGAAGCGCGCCAAAAAGCUGAGGCAGCGGGCCAAACGGAUGGAAAUGCGUCUCCUAGAAGAACGACAAACGAUUAUAUCUGAACUAACGUUAGCUAGAAGAUCAGCGGCCGCUUUACAAAGCGCCACGGCCGAUUGGAAGCGGCGACUGGAGGAAGCGAGACAGCAACAGACGCAACAGCAGGCUAAGAAGAAGAAAGGCAAGAAACAGAAGAUGAACCCGGCUCAGCAAGCGUUGAUGCAAGCCAUGGCCGAGCAAAUGGGCGAGUUGACAACGCUAAUGAACUCCACCGCUAAGGAGGCCAAAGCGGCGGAACAGAAGGUGAUCACGUGGAGCCGCCGCUUGCAGGAGUGCGACCGCCAGCUGACGGAGGCGCAGGCGCUGCAGGAGCCCCAGCAGAAACUGGCCGAGCAAGCGGCUUUGGUCGCCAAGCAGCAACAACAACUGCAGCAGCAGCAACAGCUGCAGCAACAGCAGCUGCAACAGCAGCAGCUACAGCAACGUAGACAGAUGCAGUUGUUGGAGCAACAGCGGGAGAAACAGAAAGAGGUGCCAGCAGAUAACAUGGUGAUGGUCCGCCGCGGGCCGCAGGGGGUCACCAUGUGCGUGUCCGGGCCGCAGGGCCGCGAGGUCAACGUGGCGGCUGCCAGGAGACAUUACACUGUGGUGACACACGACGAGCUGCAGCAACAGAAGCAGCAACAACAACAACAACAACAAGCCAAGCAACAAGCGGACCGCAAGCAGACCUGGGAGCAGGCGCUAGCUCACAUCAACCAGUUGGCCAAAGGGAACAAGGAAAGGAAGAAACAGAAGGAGAAGGAACAGAAGGCGGAAGCCAAAGCGAAAGAGCAGAAGAGUGCGCCUGCGCCGGUGCCCGCGCCUGAACCGCAGACGUUGUCCAAGAAGCAGAGGAAACUGCUGGCCAAGCAACAGGCGGAAGAGGAAGAAAGAAAGAGACAAGAGAUGGAAGCGAAGAGUAAAAAGGAAGCGAAAAAACAGGAGCCUAAAGCGGAAGUGAACAAGAAACAGGACAAGAAGGAAGCUAAGAAGGAACCGCCCAAAGAGGAGAAGAAGCCGAAGGAACGGGAGGAAAAGAAGAAAGGGAAAGAGAAUAAAGAGAAGACAGUGACAACACAGCCCGCGAAGCAGAGCGCACAACCGCAGCAACAACAACAGAACAGCAAGAAGGAGAAGAAGAGGAAAACCCAACAGCCUCAUGUCGUCAACAUCACGCCUGACACUACUAUAGAAAUUGUCGAUAAGAAGAAUCAAUGCAGCAACGGCGAAGUCGAGAAACCGUCGCCCUGCAGCAUCAUGGAGCAGCUCAGCUGUGGAGUUCAGGUGUCGGAGCUGCGCCUCCCCCCCGGCAUCACGCUGACGCGAGUGCAGCCGCACGAUAAGCGGGAACCACCCAACAUCAAAUCUGUCCCGCUGUGGACGUGCACGCAGCUGCCGGCCGCGCCCACGCCGCCCGCGCGUCCGCCGCCCGUCAUCAUGUACUCCGCCGCCUCCGCCGCCUCCGCCGCCUCCGCCGGUAACAUGAUGAGUGAACCACCGAAGCCAACUGUGAUCGCCGAACCGUUGCCCCAACCGGCCGGCAAGUCCAAAAAGGCCAAGAAAAAAGCCAAAAAAGCCGCCGCGGCAGAAACGGCUGAGCCUAAAAAAGACCCCAAGAUGGUGACACUCAGAAACCCCAUGUUCCACCCCAACCUCCCUCCGGUCCAGAUAUCGAACACCCCGGCACAAAAGAAGUCAGAGAUUCGAAUCCCAGACCCCAUACCGAUGCCACCGAACGCUUGCCAAGCGACUAUAACCCCUACUUCCAACGGAAUGUACACUAUAAGGAAUCCAUUGAUGUCCAUAAUGCACCAGCAAUCCGUUAUGGGCAUGAGAAAUCCAUCCAAUCCGAUGUUCACACAACCGCAGUACAACUAUGUCAAUCCGAACUAUCCCGUACAAACUCCAUACAUAGAAGCCCGGACAUCACCCAAAGCGGACGAUUUCCAGAAUCGGAUAAUGAAUCUGGCUUCGUUCACUCAGAAGAAUGAUGAAGGUUAUUCGCUGUUCAAAACUUCAGACGAUAGCCAGCAGAGAAGUUUUCUGACACCGGAAUACUAUGACAGACAGAGUCCAAAGCCGGUUGUGUCACCUAAUCCAAUAGGAACUAGACCGAAUAACGAUAGAUCCAACGAUUCUCUAUUCGCUAACCCGAUACAACGUCCUGAACCGAUUGGAACACCGUUGAAGCAGGACAACGAUUUCUCAGGAGGCUUAUACACACCGUUCGGUCAAGAAAACAGAAAUGUCUUCAGAAACGCAUUGUUCAAUGAUAAAAAUGACUUGGGAGGUCAUUCGGGGAAAAUGGACGACGUGGGAGCUAACCACAUGGCUAAUGGUGACCCCUUGCCGUAUUUCCAAAGGUUGAGGGUUGGGUCCAAGUUGAAUAAUGAAGUUACGAUACACCACGUGACAGAAUCAAAGUUUUAUAAAGGACAGGACACAACGGAGUCGACAUACGGCGGGGCGUGGCCGGACGCGUUGUAUGCCCAGAGACCGAGAGAAACGACCCCCGUAGGAGUGGGGGUGGGGGUGGGGGCGGCCGCUGGGACAGACCCGGAAGCGGGUUUCGGCGCGGUGGGCACAGGCCCGCGACACCAUGGUAAUUAUACCACCACCACCUCCGUACACUACAUGUGAGUGAACGCCGGUUAUUAAACGAGACGUGAUAUCAUCAUAUCCAUACUUCACAGCACCGAAUUUUUAUACUAAACAAUAUCAUAUUCACUACAAAAAUGUAGUACUAUAGCAACACAUUUACUAAAUACUUUACAUACCGUAGACAGAACACAAUAGAGACGGACACAUCUUCCAUUUCGCUCAUACAAUAGAUAUACAUACGAAGAAAUUAGACAAAGCGCUAACGUGUCCGGCCAAAUAUGCAACUUUAUAUGAAACUAGCUUCUGCCCGCGUGAAUUUAAUUUCUUAAAAGUAAUGAAGUAAAAUCUCAGUCAUUCUUUUAUUGCGUAUUCUGUUUGACUUUCUCUAGAAUUUCCAAAAAUCCUCUCUUAGUGCUCACUUACACUCCCCAGGGAAACUGCAUACCAAAUUUCAGCUUCCUACGCCCAGUAGUUCCGGCUGUACGUCGUCUGUCUGUCAGUCACUCAGUAACGGGAGACUUUUAUAUAUAUUGAUUGAUAGGAUUGAGCCGGGAAGUUGAAUGUAAAUCUUCCAUCUCAUUUGGUUACCGUAGUCUAUAAUUUUCUUGGUCUUUGUUUAAUUUAAUCUUAUAUGUCUAUAUGUAUAAAACCCUUGGGUUACUAAGUGACUGACUGACAGACAACGCACAGCCGAAACUACUGGCCGUAGAAAGCUGAAAUUUGGUGCGUAGGUUCCCAGGACAGGCAUUAAGAAGGGAUUUCCUGAAAUUCCCACGGGAAACGGAUUUUUACUCACAUACGAAAUUGUGGGCAAAAGCUAGUACGUUAUAUAAAUACGUGUUGUCGAUGAUUUUUGUAGUAAAGUAUUAUUGGGCGUUCCAGCCGAUGCGGUCGCGCUGUCAUUACAAUUUUUCAAAUUUAUACCAGAAUUUGUUUUACUAUCUGACUUUAAAAUAAUUACUCUGUACUUUAGUAAUGUCAAUUUUAUGAAUGAUUGAUUUUGGAAAUUAUUCCUUGUUCAAGAAAAUUGACGGAUCGUAAUAACAGCGCGCCCGCAGCGGUCGGAACGCUCUGAGUAUUGACAAAUUUUCAAUUUAUUGUAAUAUGUAGGCUAUGUCCACAUCGAGACAAUCUGGUGUUAAGCUGGUGGUCACCAAGCCCGUUGUCCGAAGGUCCUGGGUUCUAUUCCCAGUUCGGGCAAAUAUUUGUGAUUGUGAUUACAAAUAUUUGUCUGCGGUUCUGGGUGUUUGUGUCCAUUCGGACCCGCGAUACAAGCUUAGUGCUCAGUUGUCCAUAUUAAGCGCGUAGACAGAGAAAACUAGAUUUGAUUAUGUCUUUCAUUUCAUUUGCGUCAUCUUGCCGAUUUGAUGGCGUGAUGUUGUAUGAAAUUUUCUGUCUCAGGCUGCGCUAUGUGCAAAACAGAUUCGCAACCAGUUGCCAAACUAACAUACCUGCCACUCAAUCAGUUGUCAAAGACUAUAAGUUUGUUAUUUUUUCGUAACUAAUUGCCAACUAAGAAUUUGUUGUCUUUCCACUGUAAUAAAAGAACACUGCUAAGUAUGUUUUGUCUCGUUCUGUCUGUCUCUCUCUCUCAUCAGAGCGUGUAAGGUUCUUUCCCCAGCCAUUGAGCGUCGGAGCCCAGGGUCCGCUUUCCUACAUUUUCGUCUCCACCUCGCACGGUCGUCGACAUCCCUAGUUGUAGACCAUUCUGUCAAUGUCAAAAAUUGAAUAUAGUGCGACAGUGACAAAACUUAAGCUUCAUCUUUUUUAUGAAAAAUCACAAACAUUAAAUUUAUCUACAUAAAUUUAAAAUCUCUGUGUGAAGACAAAUCUGUGUGCAAACAAAUUUUUCGACUCGGUGUGGACUUAGUCAAUUAUUGCUUUUCAAAUGCGAAAAUCCGUUCAGAAAUCUAUUUAAUAUGAUGUAAAGUUAUUUUUUUAUUACGAACCGUAACAUGUAAACAAUCUUCACAGCACUUAAUGUUGAAAACAAAUGUUAGUAAAAACCUAUAACAUUCUAAAGUAAAACGUCUGUUAUAAUUUAUAUUGUUGUAAAAUCAUAAAAAGACACUGUGAGAUUGUUUAUAUAAUACUGCUUGUUAGAAAAACUAACUAAAGUAUUUGCUAUUGAGGAUAAUAAAUAUUAUGUAGAUGAUUUUCCGAUAUCUAUGACACUAAAAUGUUUCUUCCUAACUAAUAGGUACAUAUGCAAACCGUUAUGGGUUGUGAUUGUAUAAUUCUCAAUUUUCAUAGAGUUUUGAACGGAUUCGGUUAAAAAACAGGUCGCCAUUUUUUUAUAUUAUAACUUUUUAAGACCCUUUUGUGACGAAAUUGUGUUGUGUUGUUUACACCGAAUAUUUGGUUGCCUUAUAUGUUAAUGUUUAACUCGGCAUUUUUUUCUUUAUUGACAUCUUUAAUAACAUUUACGCCUAUAGAUGUAUUCUGUCUAGAACCAUUACGGGCUAGACAGAACCUAUGUGACGAUUUAUAAUCUGGAACGACGAAAUCAUCGGAUAUGACUGUUUAAAAUAAUGACUUUAGAAACUAAAGUUCGAAACUUUAGUUCAUUUUAUUGACGAAAAUUACCUUAGAUAAAGUACUUAUAGGGUCAGGCCUCGUUGCUACGUUGCGUCGACGUAGCGCAUUGCGGUUCUUUAACUUUCCAUAGGUUUUGGCAUUGAUGUGCGUCGCGACCUAUGUCGAAUCUACACAGAUUUUCUAUAUUGUCUGUUGAGGGAAGUUAAAGCAACGCAAGUCGACACACCGCGCUCAAUGAAGUCAUGGUGUUGCCACACUUAAAACUAUAAUAUUUGUCACUCAUGUCUGCUUUUAUAGCCUAGAACUAGAGUUUUCCCGGUUGCUUCACCGCCGUGGAGCGUCGGAGUCCAAUAUUCAUUUUACUACUUUAUCUCAUCUUUUGUCUCAUCCAUAAGCCGAUUGGCGAUUUCCCUCUUUUAAGGCCAAUUUAUAACAAUCUAUAAGUGCUUUAUCUAAGACUUUUAUAUUGGAUAUUAUAAACAAUUUGGACAAUGCAGGAUUUAACUGAAAUGUGUCUAUAAAUCUGUAUUGUCUUAAUUAUAACUAAUUGAGACAACUACUUCGGUCCAUAUUGACAUUAAUAUUUUUCAACAAUCAAUAUGAUCGAUUUUAUAGUGGGAAAUCAAUGUCAUUACACAGUAAACCUUAUGUGUGUAGUAAUAAGGAUCAAUAUAUAACUUAAUUCCGAUUUAUUUUGCAUGAUCGACACCGGCUUUGUUUUAAGAGACUAGUUGAUGUAUCUCAAUUAAUGUGGUUCAUAUUUCGCAUUGUGAAUUAGAUUUUCGGAUCGGAGUAGUGUUUACACUCCACCGUUUCUUACGAGUCCUAAAAUGUAAACAAAUUUCACAAUACAUUUGUUGAAUAUAAAUCAAAUAUCACUUGAAACAAUACACAUUUAAAAGUAAAACAUUGAUUAAGCACGUAAAUCCUAAAGGUCAAAAUUUAUGUUGCUUUAAAACCAUAAAAAGACAUGGUGUUUACAUAAUAUGACUUGUAAGUAAAAACGAACUAUAGUUUGACUAUGUCACAAGAUAACUGAUUAAACUUAAGCGCCAUUAUCAUAGUAACUAUAUAUUCUAAUAUAAAUGCUCGUUGUAUAAAACAAAAUAUAAUGUGCAAGAGGUUGUAUGCCGUAAGUAAAAUGUAUAUUAUAGCUGAA